AUGUCCUUACGUGAAAGCGGCGCCCACCACACCCCGGCCGGAGCCGGGGCGCAGCAAGCGCCGCCAACGCAAAAGCGGCGUCCGCCGCAUCCCAGCCUGAGCCAGGACGCAGCAGACGCCGCCACAGCAAAAGCGGCGCCCGCCGCACCCCGGCCAGGAGCCAGGGCACAGCAAGCGCCGCCAAAGCGAAAGCGGCGCCCGCCGCACCCCGGCCGGAGCCGAAGCGCAGCAAGCGCCGCCAAAGUGAAAGCGGCACCCGCCGCACCCCGGCCGGAGCCGAAGCGCAGCAAGCGCCGCCAAAGUGAAAGCGGCACCCGCCGCACCCCGGCCGGAGCCGAAGCGCAGCAAGCGCCGCCAAAGCGAAAGCGGCGCCCGCCGCACCCCGGCCUGAGCCGAGGCGCAGCAAGCGCCGCCAUAGCCAAAGCGGCGCCCGCCGCACCCCGGCCGGAGCCAGAGUACAGCAAGCGCCGCCAACGCAAAAGCGGCGCCCGCCGCACCCCGGCCGGAGCCAGAGCACAGCAAGCGCCGCCAAAGCAAAGGCGGCGCCCGCCGCACCCCGGCCGGAGCCAGAGCACAGCAAGCGCCGCCAAAGCAAAGGCGGCGCCCGCCGCACCCCGGCCGGAGCCAAGAGCACAGCAAACGCCGCCAACGCAAAAGCGGCGCCCGCCGCACCCCGGCCGGAGCCAGAGCACAGCAAGCGCCGCCAACGCAAAAGCGGCGCCCGCCGCAUCCCGGCCGGAGCCAGAGCACAGCAAGCGCCGCAGAAGCGUGCAAGUGCCAUUCGCCAGUGAGCAAGGAUACUAG